AUGUUAACAAUUCGAUCCGGUGGUCAAACGGGUGUAGAUAGAGCAGCUUUAGACGCUGCCCUAAGACGAUUAGCCGAAGAUGAUCAAAUUCCAUUAAAAUAUCCACUCGUUGAAACACCAACUUCUUCAUAUUCUGAAAGAACCGAAUGGAAUAUUCGGGAUUCCGAUGCCACUUUGAUUAUUUUAAUUACCACUGAAUCAUCACCUUGUCAUGGAACGUCUUUAACUAUUGAAAAAGCUAAGGAACUUCAUAAACCCACAUUGAAUGUGGCUGGUUCAAGAGAAAGUAAUAGUCCGGGAAUUUAUGCAAUGGCAUUAAAAUUUAUGACUGUCUUAUUAUAUCAAUUAAAUAAAAUCAAACGAAUUAAUAUCUAA